GCAUCUCCCUUCCCGUGACAAAUGACAUGAAUAAAGGGGACACUAAGGUGAUGAAGUGCAUUGUAGAGGUCAUCUCUGAUACUUUAUCAAAGCCAAACCCCCUGCCGAUCAGCGAGGAAUGCCUAGAAACACUCAGAGGAGAUGAACGAAUCAUUUCUAUCCUUCGCCACCAAAAUUUACUGAAGGAACUCCAGGAAAUUGCUGCUCAAGGUGCCAAUGAGAGAACUCAGCAGCAGAAGAAAAACGGGGGCUUUGAAGAUGAACUUUCCGAAGUCCUUGAAAGUCAGAACGACAAGAACAAGCAGAGAGAUGCGGCAGGGGAGCACCCUGAAGAGGAGCAGCCCACAGGGUCCCUGACUGAGCUGGCAGCACAGAAAACCCAGCAAAAUGAAGAUUCAAGGGAGGAGGGAAAAAACAGCCUGGAGGAGAGGGAGCCCAGGCCACGGGAUGCUGACCCUGGAGAGAAUGAGGAUCGGGAGGAAGCAGAGAGCAAUGAGAUUAGGGGCACAGAGGAAGCCCAGAGAGAUGAGGCUUUGGACAACCACAUCAGCAAAGACUUCAUUGAGGACGAGCGGCAGCAGCGAGGGGAUGAAGAGGAGCAGCCCAGAGGCCCCAGGGACAGCCUGGAGCUUGAGGAUGAGGGAGAGCAGCCACCCAGGCAGGGCCAGGAGCAGAGCAAGGAGGCAGCAGGGGAGCGUGUGGAGCGGGAGGAUGAUAGAGGAGAUGAUGCUGCAGAGGAGGACCCUACUGAAGCAGAGAGGUCACUUGAUUUGACUGAGGAGGACGUGGAGGCCGAGGAGGUGCCGGGAGAUGACAAUAAUGAUGAUGUUCUGGGAUUUGGCAAAGAUGAGCAGAGCUCUGAGGAGGAGGAGGAGGAAGAGCAGACCCGGGCACUGAGAGGAGGAAGGCAUCGCCUGGAGGAUGAGGGGUUGCAGGGGGAAGAGGAUACCUUCCAGCCCAGGGAUGCCAAAAGCGAGGAGAUGGAGGACGAGUCGUCCAGGGAGUGGGAAGACUCCAAGAGGUGGAACAAAAUGGAUGAGCUGGCCAAGCAGCUGACGUCAAAGAAGCGCAUGGAGGAAAAUGAUAGUGAGGAAGACCCAGAUAGGUCCAUGAAAAUGGCAUUCAGGUCCCGCAAGUAUGACUUUAGUAGUCCAGAGGAAGAUGUGAGAAGGUCAUGGAAGCACCACUCAAAGGAGGACAGCAGUGAAGGAGGCUUCCCGCUUGCUCCCAUGCCUGAAGAAAAAAAGGAUGAGGAAGGCAGCGCUAACAGGAGAACGGAGGACCAGGAGCUGGAGAGCCUGGCCGCCAUCGAGGCUGAGCUGGAGCGCGUCGCCCACAAGCUGCAUGAGCUGAGGCGAGGCUGA